CCCAGCGGAGCGGCUCCGCACUCCGCUUGCUCUGCGCGCUCUCCUGCGCCUUGGAGGGCGCACGGUGCGCAGCGCUGGAGAAGGGCUCGCGCCGGACUUGGCGGCGAUCUUCCAGCUCCUCGUUGCUGCCUGCCCUCAGGAUGCUGGCCCCGUCCCGAACCCAGCUGGGGCUCUUCUUCAUCUUGCUCUGCCCGGCCAACAUCAUCGGGCUGUGGUGCAUCUCUGGGGCUUAUAUCCUGUUCUUCCAGAAACCUCAAGUGAUCCGCUGGCAGCUGCUGCCCCAACGGCAGCACACAACAACUACAGAAACUGUUACCAAGCCCAUCCCGCUGCUGUCUGCUGUGAGAUUCUGGUUCUGCUGCUGCUAUUGCUGCCACUAUCAAAUUAAUGCCACCCCACAGGGCCACGCUGCCCCUCCCCCUCCCUGCCACUCACAACCAUCCUGCAGGGAGGCAGCGAGUGUGCAGCCAAAUCGAACAAGUGAGAAAGCCAGCCAGGAUCCUCGCUGCUACACAAGGACUGGCCAGGGGAGAGGAGGCCUAGUGGGCAGCCCAUUGGUCAUGGAUCCCAACAGCAUCUGCCGGAAGACAAAGCGGCUGGCUGGGAAGCAAGCUGAGCUGUGCCAGACAGAGCCUGAGAUUGUGCAGGAGGUGGCCAAGGGUGCCAGGCUGGGUGUGCGUGAGUGCCAGUACCAAUUCCGCUUUCGUCGCUGGAACUGCACCAGUCACAGCAAAUAUUUUGGCAAAAUUCUACAGCAGGAUAUCCGGGAGACAGCCUUCGUCUAUGCCAUCACAGCAGCAGGUGUGAGCCAUGCGGUCACCCAGGCCUGCAGCAUGGGUGAGCUGCUGCAGUGUGGAUGUGAGGCAACUCGGAGCCGGGCACCUCCUCUGCCCCCCACCAUUACAGGGUCAGAAGGCUCUGCUUGGGAAUGGGGCGGCUGUGGGGAUGAUGUUGACUUUGGCUAUGAGAAAUCUCGCCAGUUCAUGGACGCUAAGCGCAAGCGUGGCAAGAGUGACAUUCGAACCCUUAUCGACUUGCACAACAAUGAAGCAGGACGCCUGGCAGUGAAGAACCACAUGCGGACGGAGUGCAAGUGCCAUGGGCUUUCGGGUUCCUGUGCCCUACGCACCUGCUGGAAGAAGAUGCCCCCUUUCCGGGAGGUGGGUGACCGGCUUCUUGAACGCUUUAAUGGGGCUUUUAAGGUGAUGGGUGGCAAUGAUGGCAAAACGCUCAUUCCUGUGGGUCGGAACAUCAAGCCCCCAGACCGGCAGGACCUCAUCUACUCUGCCGACUCGCCCGACUUCUGCAUUGCGAACCGCAAGACGGGCUCGCUGGGCACACGUGGGCGAGUGUGCAACAGCACUGCCAUGGACGUGAGUGGCUGUGACUUGCUGUGCUGUGGGCGUGGUCACCGUGAUGAGACACUCUUCCUGGAAGAGAACUGCCUUUGCCGCUUCCACUGGUGCUGUGUCGUACAGUGUCGAAAGUGCACGGUGCGCAAAGAGCUCAGCCUGUGCAUUUGAAUGCAGAGGGCAACAGAGAGGGAAGGCACAGAGUAUGAGGAUGGGGAAUGUGCCCAGCCUACCACAGAAUCCAGGGACAGGGAGCACAACUGAGUUGUUAUGAGUGUAAGGGCCAUGAUGUUGAUCUAGUCUGGGGGGUCACAGAAGAGCUUGCCAGAGAUCCCCGGAACAGAUCCCAGGUCUGACCCACUAUGGAUCCGCAGAACAUGGACUGUGUCAUAAGUCCUUGGUGUGUCCAGCAUUUGCAGCACUUGGUUAUAUAACCUCCUUUGUGACAGGUCCUUGGUAUCCAGGGCCAAGUUAUGGCUCCAUAUGGGCCCACCUGCUGUACCUGCCUGGACAUGCCCUCCUGAAGACUGCAGCCACCUGCAUCGCUUGGUAUUCUCCUAUCAGCAACUCCAGCAACGUGGUCC